AUGGCCCGUUUCGUCGCAUCAUUGUUCCUGCUUGCGGGCUGUGCCGCGCUUUCCUUUGUCGGCCCGCUGCCAGGUCGCCGAAGCACAGCCCUCCGAGCAACAAACGGAGACCAGGAAGCCGUGAGCACGGAUACGCAGGCUCCAGAAAAGCUGGAGCAAGCAGCCUUGCCUACACGCUUUGGUAGUGCUUUGCUUGCAAUGCUCGUGGCGGUCGCCUUCGCCUGGCUGCCUGUCCAGGAGGCACAGGCUGCUCGGUCUGGUGGACGCAUUGGUGGCUCUGCCGGUGCUGUGCGCCGUGCACCACCCCGUGCACCUCCGCGAGCCCCAGCUGCUGCCAGCAGCAGCAAUACCACAGUCAUCAACAAGACCACAGUCGUGGCUCCCCCGCCAGUGAUGGCAGCACCAUCAGUCGGCUUUGGGAUGGGCGUCGCUCCCGUCCCGGUUGUCGUGGCGCCUCCCCCAACGGUUGGUGACGUCAUCGUGGGAAGUGUGGUGGGUGGUGCCAUCAACAAUGCCAUGUAUGGCGGCCACCACAGCGGGCCCAGCACGACCGAUCGAAUGCUGGAGAACCAGCAGCGGCAGGAUGAGCGACAGAUCGACAACCAGCAGAGGGAGAUCGAGCAACUCAAGGCUGAGCUGAACUCUUUGAAGGCACAGAAGUGA